AUGGCCACGCCGCCCCCCGCACGGCCCCACCGCCUCCUGCCCCUCUCCCUGGGGUUCUUCCAGGGUGCCCUACUCCUCUUCUUCGCCUUCUUCGUCACCUAUGAUGGGCCCUCAGCACGGCUGGAGGACGCCAGCGUGGUGGCCAACCAACUCUACGGCACGUUCCCCUUCUUCCAGGACAUCCAGGUGAUGCUGGUGGUGGGGUUGGGGCUCCUGCUGACGUUCCUGCCUCGCUAUGGGCUCAGUGUCCUCACCCACAACUUCAUCCUCUUUAACUUCUCCACUCAAUGGGCUCUGGUGCUGCAGGGUUUGCUCCAUCACUUCCACCAUGGCCAAGCCCACCUGGACCUCCACAAUGUCCUCGCCGCCGAGUUUGCUGCCGUGACGGUGCUCAUCUCUGUGGGGGCCGUCCUGGGGAGGACCAGCCUCUGCCAGCUCCUCGUCGUGGCCACCUCUGAAGUUGCCUUCUACCUCAUCAGUGAGUGGGUCAUCAUCACCCAGCUGGGGGUCCUGGACGUGGGGGGGACCAUCACAAUCCACGUCUUCUCCUGCUACUUCGGCCUCGGCGUGUCCAAAGCCGUGUUCGGGGCGGCGCGGCAGCCGGCGCACCCCAAGGAGACCCCGACCCCCCACUCUGACCUCCAGUCCCUCGUGGGGAUGCUCAUCCUCUGGGUUUUCUGGCCCAGCUUCGUGGCUGUCCUCUGCCAACCAGGAGAUGCCCAGCACCGUGCCAUCCUGAACACCCUCCUGGCCAUGAGUGCCAGCGCUGUGACCACCGUGGUGGCCUCUGGGCUGCUGGAAGGCGACGGCAAGCUCAGCGCCAGCCACCUGCAGAACGGCAGCCUGGCUGGCGGCGUGGCCAUCGGCGCGGUGGCCAACAUGGCUGUGCCACCCGUGGCCGCCCUGGCCCUGGGCAGCCUCUCAGCCGUGGCCUGUGUCCUUGGCUUCAGGUUCCUCACCCCGCUGCUGAUGAGGAAGCUCACGCUCCAGGACCAGUGCGGCAUCCACAACCUCCACGGCUUGCCCGGUAUCCUCGGUGCCGUGGCCAGCGCCGUGGCUGUGCUGGUGGCACCCGGGGAUGCCUCCAGGUCCCACUUCUCCCCCGUGUCCCCCACUGGGGCCAACGCCAGCCAGGUGGGCAGGGGGCAGGGCAGGCAGGCGCUGUGCCAGGCUGGGGGGCUGGCAGUGGCUGUCGGUGCCUCGCUGCUGGCCGGGCUGCUCACCGGCACCGCGCUGCGGCUGCCCUGCCUGGCCCGGCCGCCCGAGCGGCUCUGCUUCGAUGACUCGCUGUAUUUUAAGAGCCAGGCUCAGGCUGAGAGCCCAGGGCUGUGUGGCACCACUGAGGAAGGAGCUCUGGCUCUGAAGGAGAGGGUUUAG